UCAGUGGUUUUCCAAACAUAUAUAUGUCUGCAUAAGUCAUUGAUCAUCUUUACAUAGAAUUUGCUAGAAUUUACAGUGUUCCUGCUUUUUUGAUGAAUUACAUGUGCAAUCCACCGCAAGUCCUUCUCCAUCUUCCUUCUCUUCUCUCACACGUCUAGGUGGGCUAAGAUCACAUUUUCCAUGAUGUGCUCAUUCCCAUUUCCUCCCCUCCCUUCUCUCCUCCAUCCCCUCUUCAUUCUACCAACAUCUCCUCUAGUAUGUCAGUCUCACUCUCCUGCAUUAAUUGCAGAUAAUUAUUCUAUGUAAAUGUCAUCAUAAUGUACAAUAUUUAUUAUAAUACCCAUUACAUUUCCCAUAUAUGUUUAUAUUUUCACAACAUUCAUCUUUGUAAAGCGGGUUUGGGUGGUACUUAGAUUUGAUUUUAUGACUCAACAACGCCUCUUAGCGAAGCCGAACACUUUUUAUAAAUGACAUGUACAUCCUUAAUUCGUUUUUACAGCCAAACAACAGACCAGCCAAUUGGUUUUUCGAUAAAGCUGAGGGGUGGAGCUGGAGAAAUGUAACCGCUCUCAGAUUCAUAGAUGGAGCUAUGUUGAGCCCGAAUGGAUACACGCAGUAUACUCUAACAACCCUGUAAAUUGAAUGAAAGUAUUUACAGGACAGAGAAUAUACAGAUGUCAAGUUGUUGAGGAAGUAAGGCCGGGAGUCAGUCAAAGGCACCUUAUCGGCAAACGCAUUGCACCUGACUUUUAAAGUUGAAGAAGAUCAAAAGUCCAAUCAAGACCAAUCAUCAAACAGGCCCAAACUACCAGUAAAAACAACAUUGUCCGCAUUCUGCCAUGGCUUCCAAAACCAAUGCUGCCCUCAGUGGAGCAGAGGGAGAACAGCAGCCGGAGCAGACUAUCACCUCCCAGCCAACCAGCGCUGAGCACCAAGAGACAGCCCCUGACUCCAGCCAAUCGGAAUCCAAAGACCACUUGGCAGUAAUCAGCGAGAAGAUGGAGACCAGUAAUGGAAUGUGUGCUGCCGACUCCUCGCCCACAUCUUCCAUCUCGUCCCCCAAGCGACUGCAACACGCAAAACCAACCAACGGCCGUGCCCGGAAAGGAAGCCGCUCUGGGUCCCUGCUGGGUCAUGGGGCAGGGUCUCCCAGGCCUUCCAUCAGCCGUCAGCCCAGCACCGUGACAGAGGAGGAUAACGGCAAACCCCCUAGAGACUACCUGAUCCUGGCCAUCCUGUCCUGCUUCUGCCCCUUGUGGCCCAUCAACAUCGUGGCUCUCGUCUUCUCUGUUAUGUCGAGGAACAGCCUGCAGCUGGGGAACAUUGACGGGGCGCGGCGUCUGGGCCGGAACGCAAUGGUGCUGUCCAUCGUCUCGUUAGUUGGCGGGGUCAUCAUCAUCAUCGCAGCCAUCGUCUUAAACUGGGGAAGUAUAAUAAAAUCCUGAGGGUCACCAUGGAAACCAAGAGCAAGAUCGCAAGACAGCACACAAACAACCAUC